AUGAGGUGGGUCUACCCCGCCAAAAUCGGCGGUGGCGGGGAGGGGAAGGCGGUGGUUUUCCGGUCGAGGCUGAAGUGGGUCGGGCUUUUCGGGCUUGUUCUCUCUGCUUUCUCUCUCUUCACCCACUUCCUUCUCGCGAGGUACAGCGAUGGUUAUGCCGUCUCUGAGUACAAAUCCUCCAUUACCAUCUUUUCUUGGAGGCCCACUUUCGAGGAUGCCGAUUUUUCAGCCGGUUUCUCCUUUGUGCAGACUCCAUUGUAUACAAGGCUUUGGGCUCCAGUUAGGGAUCUUGAAUCUGUACAUCCAUAUUCAAAUCCCAGAGGAAAUUAUGUAGCUCCUGGCUCGCAAAGUAGUGGAUUCGUGUUUGUAAGAAUACGAGGAGGUUUUCACGAAAUCAGGAACUCGAUUUGUGAUGUAGUUGUGGUUGCUCGGCUUCUCAAUGCCACUUUAGUUAUUCCCGAGAUUCAAUCCACGACGAGUAGUAAAGGAAUCAGCACAGAGUUCAAGAGUUUUGCCUAUCUCUACAGCGAGGAUCAAUUCAUUUCGACUUUAGCGGAAGAUAUUAAAAUCGUGAAGACACUCCCAAAGGAUCUGAAAGGAGCAAGGAGGAAGAAAGAAAUCCCUUCUUUCAAAGUGCCUUAUUCGGCUUCUCCAUAUUUCUAUCUUCACCAUGUUUUACCAGUUUUGAAUAGACACUCGGUUGUUGAGCUAGUUGUUCCUGAUGGAGGAUGCUUGCAGGCCCAAUUCCCUCCACAACUCGAAGAAUAUCAGAGGCUGAGAUGCCGAGUUGCUUUUCACGCUUUAAGGUUCAGACAGGAAGUCCAUGAACUAGCUACCAAGAUCUUGUACAGAUUACGAGCCUCUGGACGGCCAUUUAUAGCCUAUGAUCCUGGAAUGACGAGAGAUGCUUUGGCUUAUCAUGGCUGUGCUGAACUCUUUCAGGAUGUACAUACUGAGCUAAUCCAACAUAAACGUGCAUGGAUGAUAAAACGUGGGAUUGUGAAAGGGAACCUUUCUGUCGAUUCGGCUGAGCAACGUCUAAACGGUUUAUGUCCACUUAUGCCAGAGGAAAUAGGCAUUAUUCUCCGAGCGUACGGCUAUUCAUGGGACACGAUCAUAUACGUAUCGGGCGGGGAAGUCUUCGGCGGGCAGAAGAAACUCAUCCCUCUUCACGCCAUGUUCGAAAACGUCGUUGACCGGACAUCUCUAAGCGUCUCGUGGGAGCUGACCAAAAUGUACGGUCGUGAGGCCAAUCUUGUCGACAAGCAUCCCAAGAGUACCCCACCACCAUUUGUGAGAAAAGAGAACAAGAAGAGUAAACAAAACGCUUGGAAAACUAUCGGGCUUAGGCCCAGGCCCUUACCCCCUCCUCCAAGCCGGGCCAAGUACCCUUACAACAUCGAGGGGUGGUGGGGUUGGGUUGCAGAGAGUGACAAUGAGCCCGCUAGCACGGUUAUGGAGCUGAGGACCAAUGCACAUAAAUUGCUUUGGGAGGCCAUUGACUAUAUGGUCUGUGUCGAGGCCGAUGUUUUUGUCCCUGGCUUUGACCGUGAUGGACGAGGGAACCCGAAUUUCGCAAGCAUGGUCACGGGCCAUCGGAUGUAUCGAUCGGCUGCCUCCAAAACAUUCCAUAUAGAUAGGAAAGAGGUAGCAAGACGCCUAGAGGAAAACCGAGACCACAUUUACCAAGCCAACCACACAUGGAUAAAGUCCCUUCGAAAGCACCUCAAGAAACACUUGCUCGAUGGGCCGACAGGCGAGCUGGAAAAAUCGAAACCGCUAUCCUUCCUAUCUUUCCCCAUCCCAGAAUGCUCGUGCUCGAAAUCGAGCCUAUCGGUCCCCAGCCCGCGGGCCCAUCCAAGAAAAGUGCUGCGGUUGCUCAACGCCUCAAGCCCGCUGUUCAAUAUCUUGCGGACCAUGCAAAGGUGCCCCUCGUGGAUUGAUACCGGACCUACGGUGAGCCAGGCCGUCGAGGAGGAUGAUGUAAGUGAGGAUGAGUUGGACCCGCCGGAGACCACCGCCGGCCUUCUUUUCCGGCAGGGUGGUGAGAGCAACGAGCUGCAGCCGGAGGCUGGCGGCGGCAAGGAGGAGGAGGAUCAGGAGGAGCUUGAAGGCGGGGAGAGGUGA